AUCCGUCCUUCUUUACGAACUCCACAGCUCCUGCAGCAGGGAAACACACCCGUCAGAUGCGCGUACCAGAGACGGGGGGGAAAAAAAAAGAAAAAAAAGAAACAGACACACACACACACGCACAUACACACACAUAUACACACACACACACACACACCGCGGACAAAGGAAACAUGGAUGCACUGGAGAGAACCCAUCACAGCCCAGAAACGCUAUGGAUGCUCCGCGUGUCUUUCAUUCACCGGGAGACGAAUUAGUCCACCUUAAUGAGGAGCUGGGACGCAAGGUACUGCAAGCUAAAAAGACGGAAGGGUGCGUUUAAUCCGUCUGCGGAUCCUCUGAGCUUGCAAUGGCUGUGGCGGGGAUAUGCAUGUGGAGAGGGAAUAUUGUGCCUUUUUAUUUUGUGAUAUGUUUCUUAUUUUGUGGCCUUUCGUUUGGACAACUGCGAUACUCUAUUCCCGAAGAACUCGAAAAUGGGGCACUGGUAGGUGAUGUGGCGCAUGACUUGGGACUGGAUAUUCGGAAGCUCUCCAGCCGAAAAUUGAAGAUAACCUCCAGCAGUGGCAGACGCUAUGUGAUUGUCAAUCCCAAAAAUGGGAAAUUACUCGUCAACGAGAGAAUCGACAGAGAAACACUGUGUGACAUGUCCAGCCCCUGUCUGAUUAACCUGGAGGUGAUGGUCGAAAAUCCCACUGAGGUCCAUCACGUCGAGGUGGAGAUUGUUGAUGCCAAUGAUAAUGCGCCACAGUUCCCAAGCGACGAGUAUCAACUGGAAAUCACAGAGGCUGCUCUGCCGGGCUCUCGUUACCCGAUUGAACACGCCCAGGACCCAGACAUCGGGUCAAAUUCAGUUCGUAUAUAUCAGCUCAGCACAAAUGACCAUUUUGCGCUGGUAUCGAACAAACCUUCAAUAAACACAAAGCACAUUGAGCUUGUUCUCAAAAAGCCUCUUGAUCGUGAGCAAACACCUUACCACCAGUUAAUUCUAAGUGCUGUGGAUGGGGGGACACCUGAGAAAACAGGCUCUGCCAAAAUCAAUGUCCGCGUCCUGGACUCCAAUGACAACGUUCCGCUCUUUGACAGCUCGGUGUACAAGGUGAAACUGCUGGAGAACUCGCCCAAAGACACGCUGGUGAUCAAACUGAACGCCACUGAUCUGGACGAGGGCACCAAUGGAGAGGUGUAUUACUCCUUCAGCAGCUACACCCCGGAGAGGGUGAGACAGAUGUUCAGCAUGGACACUAACACGGGAGAAAUCCGUGUGAGGAGCAAUGUCGAUUAUGAGGAGACCAACUCCUACGAGAUGUACAUUCAGGCCAUGGACAAAGGACCGGGGGCCGUGGCGGCCCACUGCAAGGUGGUGGUGGAAGUGGUGGACGUGAAUGACAAUGUCCCCCAGAUCGUCUUGUCCUCCUUGUCGAGCCCUGUGAGGGAGGACGCCCGUGCAGACACUGUCGUUGCCCUCAUUAGCGUCACUGAUCGCGACUCCGGUGCAAACAAGCAGGUAAGCCUCGAGAUACCGGCAGGCCUUCCUUUCAAGAUCAAGUCAUUCAGAAACUACUACACUCUGGUCACCUCUGCCUUCCUGGACCGUGAAACCACUGAUGCCUACAAUGUCACUCUGAGUGCCACAGAUGGAGGAAAUCCGCCCCUUUCCUCCCGGAAGACCAUACAGGUGGACGUAGCCGACGUUAAUGACAACCCGCCGCGGUUCGAGCAGACUUCGUACACGGUGUACGUGGCGGAGAAUAAUGCCCACGGGGCAUCUUUGUGUACUGUGAAAGCUCAAGACGCAGACAUCAAAGAGAACGCACGCAUCACCUACACCGUCCUUAACGACAACAACCACGGCAUCCCCGUCACCUCCUACGUGUCCGUGAAGGCCGACACAGGCGAGGCCUACGCCCUGAGGCCCUUCGAUUAUGAAUCACUCAGAGAGUUCCACUUCCAGGUUAAAGCCCAGGAUGGGGGCAUUCCUCCACUGAGCCGCGUUGCCACUGUCUACAUUUACAUAAUGGACCAAAACGACCACGCGCCGCUGAUAAUAAACCCUCCAGGUAACGGGACGCGCUCCUUGGAAACGGUGCAGAAGAAUGCAGAGCCCGGUGCCCUGGUGACCAAGGUGGUGGCAUACGAUGCAGACACCGGCCCAAACGCCUGGUUAGUGUACAUGUUGGAAACGGCCACCGACCUGGACCUGUUUAAGGUGCACGAACACACUGGUGAGAUCAGGACCACUCGAAGGAUUCUGGAGGACAACUCCACGUCCUUUGCUCUCACCGUUCUCAUAAAGGACCACGGGGAGCCGGCUCUGUCCUCUACCGCUACCAUUAAUGUGGCAGUCAUGGAGGUGCCCCCCAAAGUGGCCCCUGACCCCAAGAGGAUCAUCCGACCUCACAGCACACUGCGGUUCUCCAACGUGACCCUCUACCUGAUUGUGGCUUUGAGUGCCACAACGUUUGUUUUCCUUGUCACCGUAGUGGUGCUUGCCAUUGUCCGUUGUCAUGCCUACUGCACCCAGCCAGGGUCCUGCUCUCCUUGCUGUGUGUCACAGAAGCCACCGCCAGAUGGUGGGAGUAGCAGUGUGAGUGCAGGCGGGGCUGGCGGCGGCGGAGCCGGGGCACAACCUAACAACAACGUGGUGCUUCGGAGAGACCUUAAAGUGGAGCCUCAUUACAUCGAAGUGCGGGGCAACGGCUCCCUCACAAAGACUUACUGCUACAAGACCUGCCUGACAGCCACCUCGGGCAGUGACACGUUCAUGUUCUACAACACCGGACGUCCCAUCAGUGGCACCUGGGGUAGCGGCGCUGACCGAUUCUUCACCAGUGGAAGUGGAUUUGUGCGUAGGCUGAGUAUGCCUGAUGCCUCGUUGCAAAUCUGCCCAGAGCCAAAAGCCCCAAAUGCUGACUGGAGAUAUUCUGCAUCUUUGAGGGCAGGAGUGCAGAGUUCUGUCCGAAUGGAGGAGGCUUCUGUUAUGCAGGGACCCCCAGGGAUGUUGGUUCAGAACUGGCCGACUGUUUCCAGCGCUGCAGACGGAGAGGGUGGUGGAGAGCUUUCACCCCCGGUGGGCGCCGGAGUCAACAGCAACAGCUGGCACUUCAGAUAUGGUGCUGGACAGAGCUAUGGCCCGCCCCAGGCCCUGAAGCCCGGAGAGAUCCCCCCUGAAGCCUUCAUCAUCCCUGGAUCCCCAGCCAUCAUUUCUAUCCGCCACGACCCAGGCCCUGUAGAUGACAAAGGUGAAUUCAUCAGUUUCGGCAAAAAGGAGGAGGCCAAGAAGAAGAAGAAGAAGAAGAAGGACAAGAAGGACAAGAAGGAUAAAGGAAAAGAUGACGGCGGAGACGACUAGGGAGGAGAAGGUGAUGGUGAUGGUGAAAACAGAGCUACCGACAAAUUAUCAUCCUGAUAUCAGAGCCCGAUAAUUCUAAACGCUUAGACUAAAACCAAGAUGGCCUAUCUGCAGCAGAUUUGAAUAGACUAUUUACAGCCGUCAAACUCAUAUUAGACCCAAUCCCACGACACGCAAAGUAUCCUUCUCCGCGCACUGGGCCCAAACUGUCGGCCAACACUUACGGAAAACAAAAAGGUAUUAUUAGCCCGACCUCUCGUAAAGGUUCGACCAAACCAACAGCACAGAAAGCAAUUCAUUGGAUUUGGAAUAAACCUGCUGUGAUUUCUGCUUUGUAUAAUGAAAAUCAAAGACACCUGCAAAGGUGUGUGAUUCGUAUCUGACCAUUGUCAGCCGAGGUUGCCGGCUCGAGCGUUGGCUCCUCUGUCUUUAUGCACACCCUUACAUUUUGACUUGCGUAGUUGGAGUUAAAGUAGAAGCCAAACUUUAAAAAUAAAACGUAAAAAAAUCCAAAAAAGAAAAAUGGGGCUAAAACAUUUGUCUUUAGUAUCAUGGAGGCCUUGUGGUCUUUUGUAAAAAAAAAAAAAGAAAGGAAG